CAGCGGCAACAACAUCACAGACAUGAGGGCCGAGACAUUGUCUCAGGUUCCAGAGUUGGAGGAGCUGAUAAUGACUGACAACUUCCUGGAGGCGAUCAGACCGGACACCUUCGACUACACUCCAGGCAUCAGAAGGCUGCAGCUGGACCAGAACCAGCUGUGGUGGCUGCGGGCGGACGCCUUCCUGCGACUGCGACAGCUGCGCAACCUCAGGCUCGACUCCAACGGGCUGACCGCCGUGCCCACGGAGGCGCUCAGACCGCUCUCCCAACUGGAGGCCCUGAACCUGGGUAGCAACCUGCUGACGACGGUGCCUGUGGGGGCGUUUCCUGAGCUGCCGCACCUGCUUAUCCUAUUACUCAAGAGGAACCAGAUAACGCACAUCCACGACGAUGGGUUCCUAACUGUGCCAGCACUCAGAGCUUUGCACCUGGACGACAACCUUCUCACGCACGUCCCGCUGGCGCUCACCAAGCUGACGGCGCUGCAGGAGCUGUCGGUGUCUGGGAACCGCAUCAAGUACAUGCCGGGAGGGGUGCUGCAGCGGGCGCCAGGGUUGGCACUACUGGAGCUGAGGGGGAAUCCCCUGGUGGCGGUCGCGCCCACUGCCUUCUCCCACCUGCCGAGACUGCGAAAGCUCAUCCUGUCCGACGCGCGGGAGCUGACGGAGUUCCCCAACCUGGAGGGCACGGCGGCGCUGGAGAUCCUGCGGCUGGACAGGGCUGGACUCCAGGAGGUGCCUUCCUCACUCUGUUCUGUCUGUCCCAGGCUCCGCAGUCUAGACGUGAAAUCAAAUAAGCUGACGAAGAUUCCGGACCUCUCGCAGUGCAAGGAUCUAAGAGUCCUGGACUUGGCGAGCAACCAGAUCACGACGCUGGAGGGCCGUCCAUUCCUUGGGCUGUCCCUGCUGCACGACCUGCUGCUGGCACACAACUCCAUCCCCAGGCUGCCCAGGGACGCCUUCGAGGGGCUGCCGCGUCUGCAGGUCCUGGACCUGGAGAACAACGGCAUCACCGACAUCCAUCCAGAAGCUUUCCUGCCCUUCACGCAGCUGGAAGAUUUGAACCUGGGCCACAACGCGUUCCCCGUGCUGCCGACGGCCGGCCUCGAGCGGCUCCUGGUGCUGAAGGUGUUCAACAACGGCGCGCUGCGCGAGUUCCCGCCCCCGGAGCGGUUCCCGCGCGUGCAGCGGCUGAUGCUGGCCUACGCCUACCACUGCUGCGCCUUCCUGCCGCUGCUGCCGCCGGACCCGCCGCCCAAGCCACCCCUCAAGGACUCCGUCAUCUUCCCGGAGGACCCCGAGUUCGACAUGAGCCUCUGGAACUCCAGCCUGACCGACCUGUGGCCGCAGCUGCAGAACCUGAGCAAGAAGUUCGGGUCGCAGGUGAACGACCUGUGGGACAGCUUCGGGUCGGACUUCACGUACCCGGGCAACCUGCCGGCCUACGUCGAGGAGUACUUCGAGGAGGCGGAGGCCGCUGCGGGGGCGCGCGUGGGCGGGAGUGAGCAGCCACCUGCCGGCAUCCACUGCGUCCCGCUACCCGGUCCGUUCCUGCCGUGCCAGGACCUUUUCGACUGGUGGACGCUGCGCUGCGGCGUGUGGGUGGUCUUCCUGCUGGCCAUGCUUGGUAACGGUACAGUCGUCUUCGUGCUCGUCUUCUCCAGGAGCAAGAUGGACGUGCCGCGCUUCCUCGUCUGCAACCUCGCCGCCGCCGACUUCUUCAUGGGAGUCUACCUAGGGUUCCUGGCGGUGGUGGACGCGUCGACGCUGGGCGAGUUCCGGCGCUUCGCCAUCCCGUGGCAGAUGUCGGCCGGCUGCCAGCUGGCGGGCUUCCUGGGCGUGCUGUCGGCCGAGCUGAGCGUCUACACGCUGGCCGUCAUCACGCUGGAGCGCAACUACGCCAUCACGCACGCCAUGCACCUCAACAAGCGCCUCUCGCUGCGCCACGCCGCCUACAUCAUGCUCUGCGGCUGGAGUUUCGCGCUCCUGAUGGCGCUGCUGCCGCUGCUAGGCGUGUCGGACUACCGCAAGUUCGCGGUGUGCCUGCCGUUCGAGACGACGACGGGGCCCGCGAGCCUGGCCUACGUGGUGAUGCUGAUGCUGGUGAACGGCGUCGCCUUCCUCAUCCUGAUGGGCUGCUACCUCAAGAUGUACUGCGCCAUCCGCGGCUCGCAGGCCUGGAACUCCAACGACUCGCGCAUCGCCAAGCGCAUGGCGCUGCUCGUCUUCACCGACUUCAUCUGCUGGUCGCCCAUCGCCUUCUUCUCGCUCACCGCCGCCUUCGGGCUGCAGCUCAUCACGCUGGAGCAGGCCAAGGUGUUCACGGUGUUCGUGCUGCCGCUGAACUCGUGCUGCAACCCGUUCCUGUACGCGAUCCUGACGAAGCAGUUCAAGAAGGACUGCGUGCUCAUCUGCAAGGCGAUCGAGGAGUCGCGCGUGACGCGCGGCAUCGGCCGCUGCCGGCACAGCUCCAACUUCAGCAACCGCCAGACGCCCGCCAACACCAACAGCCUCGCAGACCGCUCCUCCAGGGACGGUUCUAGGCCCUGCUACUGCAGUCGCAAGCUGCUGUCGGACGCGGGGGCGGCGGCGCUGGUGGCGGCUGCGGCGGAGGCGGCGCCGCGGCGCUGGCUGCUGGGCAAGGCGCGCUGGCUGCUGCGCUGCGUGCGGAGGGAACGGCGUUACGUGGGCCGGCGCGCGCGCUCCGACGAGUACGCCUACCAGAUCGCCGAGAUCCAGCAGCGCCAGAAGCAGAAGCAGCACAAGCGCGCCUCCUCCGUCUCCUCCUCCGAGAACUUCAGCUCUUCGCGGUCGGACUCGUGGCGGCACGCGGCGCCGCACCACCACUGCGGCAUCCCGAUGCGGCUGCUGGACCCCAAGCGGCGCGCCUCCUCGUGGCUGGUGACGCGCAAGACGUCGCAGGACUCGAACCUGUCCAGCUCGCGCAACGACUCGUCCGGCUCGGCGACGACGGCGAGCACCAGCACCUGGAAGCUGUCGCGCUCCAGCGCCUCAAGCGACGCGCGGCACGCACAGGCGGCGGCCGUGGCGGCCGCGGCGGCGGCGGCGGCUGCCUCCAUCGUCGCACCCUGGCAAUUCAAAAAGUAA